GAUAUCUUAAUUCACAUUAUAAUUAUGGUGAAUUAAUAAAACUAUACAUAGUUGUUAGAUUUCAAGUGAUGGAAAUUACCUGCACAAUUUUGCCAGUGGAACAAAAAGUUUCCCUGAAAGUAGACUCUUACCAGUCUAGUGAAGCUCAGGAAAAAAUUGCAACUCUUUUAGGCGUUUCGCCUCAAAGCCUCAAUCUUCUAGGGCGUAGCCCAGGUCACGGUCCUUUUUAUACGCUUGGUAGUUCGUUGCUCGACUCGGAAAUUUAUGCGAUAGUUAGAUGUAGGGGUGGUGUAAAAGGAGGAUUUAGAAAACAAUUAGAGAAGAAGGGUCGCGAAUUCGCACGUUCAAAAAUAAAAGGGAGUAAAAAAAAAUUAAAUUCCCACGAAACAAAGGAAAUACAAUCACCGGAAGUCAAAGUGACUAAAUCAAAAAAAGUCGCUUCAGACAAUACUCAAACUGAGUUGUACAUCAGCUAUGCGCGUCGUUUGGUAAAUCAAGGUGUCAAUCUAGCGCUAAAAAAGGCAAUUAACAAGCAGUAGGCGUUCAAUUAAUCAAAUUACUCGAUU